UAGAAAAAGAAAAAAAAAUUCACAGCCAGAUUUUUAUACGCCGACUGCAGCCAUAAACUCCAAAUCCCUCCCCACUCCCUCCGCCGUCUCCGGCGACAAGCAAAUCUCGACGUCCAUGCUCCCCGCCUCCACUCCGGGGAAAACCGUAACCUUCCCGUCGAACUUAUUCCCGGCUCCGCUCCUCACCGCCACCGGCUUCCCCCACCCGAAAUCGUUCCCGUAAAUGUCGUACCUCGGCGAGCUGCUCAGCCCCAUCGUCCCCGCCACAAACACAUCAGUCCCCACAAACUUAGGGUUCCCGAUCCAAUCCUCCACCGCUUCCUUCAGCUUCUCGUCCGUCUGCUCCGCCACCACUCCGUGAAUCGCCGCCGCCACGCGCCCCAGCCCCUUCUCCGCCUCCAGAAGCUCGCUCACCUUCAGGCCCACCGGCCGGCCCACGAUGGCGUUCCCGAAGUAAUUCUCCGGGACCUUGGGCUUGAGCCGCGAUCGGAGCCCAAAGUGCAGGUGGAAAUGGGCCUCCCGAUCUGGAUCCGGUUCGCUUCUGUUUCGAAACACCGCCCUCCAGAUGUGGGAAAUUAGGGUUUGCAGAGUCGAGAUCUGGCCGCCGCCGCCGCAGGCGGCGACGGCUUCGUCGUUGGCCUGUGCUUUCAGCGCCGCGAGUUUCUCGCGGGUGAAGUGGAAAACCCGCUCUUUCAGCUCCUGCGGCGGGAUUGGGAUGGGAUCUUGUUUGAAAUCUUCGAGCAUCGCCGCCGGCAGCCUAAUCGGCAGAUGCUUCUCGUCGAGGAACCAGCGCCGGGUGAAAACCUGCGACUUAUUGGCUGAAUCCCCACCACCACCGGGGGAACGGCAGAUUUGGGACCAGAAAUUCACAAACCGCCAGAAAGUCGGGCCGUCGGCGACCGCGUGGCUGAUCGUGCAGCCGAGGAAGAACCCAUCUACGAGCUCCGUGACCUGAACUGCUAUAAAGGGUUGGGAGAACCCGUGGUAAUUCAUCAUCCAAUUGAGGGGGAAGAACGACCAGAGCACCGGCGGGACGUAGAGCGGGUCGAGGAUGUCGGCGACGGAGACGCCGUCGGCGACGGCGUGAGCGAACAGAGCGCCGGCGUUGUUGCAGUCGAUGUAGACGGAGGCGGUGCCGUCGUCAUCGUGUUUGUCGACGGAGAGCCGGCCGGCGAAGGGGUAGAACAGGGCAAGCGCGCGGGAGAAGGAGGUUUUGAGGGUCUGGAUCAAGGUGGCUUGAUCGAUUGAAGGAUUGGUGGGUUUGCGGAAGAGAAGCCCCUUUUGGAUUGUCCCGAAGAGAAUGAUACGCAGGUCGCAUGGAGUGAGGGGAAUUCGUUCCUCUGCAGCAGCUGCUAGCUUGGUAAGCCCCUCUGCUUGAACUAAACCUGUGGACAGCACUCUUACUUCACCAUCCGCCAUUGUUUUUGGGCGUGAACUGGAAUUUUUUUAGCUGUGAGAAGGAGACAGGGAAGGUAGUACUAGUAGGCAGUAGAACUUGAAGUAGAAGUGUAGAAGCAGUGGUAUUUGAUUGCAGGUAUAGGGAAGGUGGGUUGGUUGGUCGACGAAUUGGCCAUACUUAAAAUGUUUAUUCACUGUGGAUCAUAAAGAGUCGGGCCAAUCUUGGAAAUGAACUGUUGACUCGACGAUGACUUUCACCUACCACUUUGUCGAUCCUGUACUUUAUUAGUUGUUUAAGCUCCGCCGGCGAGCAGGGUAUAUCCACUUCUUGUCGCCGUCGGCUCUGUCCAAAUUUGUGUUCAACAAAAUGGUGACUGUCAAAGUGCUUGUUGGUUGUUGCCGCCGCCUUCAUUGUUCUGAGAAAAUGGUUUCCUUGUUGCCUUUGGGAACCACCGAUCUCAGGUGUUUACUUCGGAGCAGUUGAGAGGAGCUUGCAUUUACCGGCGACACUCCGACGGAGAUCCCGGUCACCUAUUGACCAUGUACUUUCCUAUUUACAAAUUGCUGUGGAUGUUACAACUAUUCGAUAAGCCCAAAAGUGAGGCCCCAGCCCAAUAAUACUGGGCCAGGAUAAGCCCAAAAGUGAAUGAAACAGAAAAUGGCGCGGCAAACCAAUAUUUCCAAAACCCUCAGCACUUUCCAAAUCCAUCCAUGGCUGCGGCGGCGCCGAGGAAGAAGAAGGCGAAGAACCAAUCAGCGGAAGCUCAAUUCAAUUACAACCUGAACUCCCACUCCAAAUCCAAAGACCUCCGCUCGGCCCUCUCCCUCUACGACUCCGCAGCAGGAGAAGAAACCGGCGUCCGCCUCAGCCAGCACCAUUUCAACACUCUGCUUUACCUCUGCUCCAUCUCCCUCGCCGACCCAUCGACCAAAGACCUCGCCUUGGAACAUGGGUUCCGCAUAUACGAUCGCAUGGUGGGCAGCGGGAUCAAACCCAACGAGGCCUCCGUAAACGCCGUCGCUCGCCUCGCUGCUGCCACAGGGGACGGCGACCGCGCCUUCGAUCUGGUGAAAAACAUGGUCCCCUUACCUAACUCGCUGCCCCGGCUGCGGACUUACGGUCCGGCGCUGUUCUGCUUCUGCGAGAAGUUGGAGGCGGAGAAGGGUUUUGAAGUCGAGGAGCACAUGGGAAGGAAUGGUGUUGCUUUGGAGGAAGCAGAGGUUGCGGCGUUGCUUGAGGUGAGUUCAGAGACUGGUAAGCGUGAUCGGGUAUACGAAUAUCUGCAGAAAUUGAGGAAGAUUGUGAGGUGUGUGAGGGAGGAGACUUCGGUUGUGAUUAGGAAUUGGUUCAACCGAUUUGAUUGCGAUGGGAUGGAAAUCGAAUUGGAUUUGGGUUUGAUUAGAGAUGCCAUUGAUAGGAAUGGUGGAGGAUGGCAUGGAUUGGGAUGGAUUGGAAAAGGGAAGUGGGUUGUUGAGAAAGGGAGUGUUGAUGUUGAUGGAAAAUGUUUAUGUUGUGGGGAGCAAUUGGCUUGUGUUGAUAUUGCUGAUGAAGAAACCGAGGUGUUUGCUCGAUCGAUAGCAGGUUUGGCUUUGGAUAGGGAGGUUAAGGCUAAUUUUAGUGAAUUUCAGGAUUGGCUGGAGAAGAAUGGUCAUUAUGAAGCCAUCGUAGAUGCAGCAAAUGUGGGUCUCUUUCAGCAGAAUUUUGUUGAAGGGGGAUUCAGUGUCUCUCAGCUUCAUGCUGUAGUGAAAGAACUGUAUGAUAGACAUGGGAAAUGGCCGCUGAUAGUCUUGCACAACAAGCGUGUUCGAGCUCUCCUUGAAAAUGCUUCCCACAGGAAGUUGAUUGAAGAGUGGGAGGAGAAUGGUGCUCUUUAUACAACGCCGCAUGGUUCUAAUGAUGAUUGGUACUGGCUCUAUGCUGCAGUCAAACUCAGGUGCUUGCUAGUGACUAAUGACGAAAUGCGAGAUCACAUUUUCGAACUCUUAGGAAGCAGCUUCUUCCUCAAGUGGAAAGAAAGGCAUCAAGUAAAGUACACUUUUGCAAAAGGUACCUUAAAACUUCAGAUGCCAGCUCCUUUUUCUGUAGUUAUCCAGGAAUCAGAGAAGGGAUCAUGGCAUGUCCCUAUAGCUGGCAGUGACAGCGAAGAGUCUGCACAAACGUGGCUCUGCAUCACACGGACAAGUUCUGCAGAUAAAACCUCGAACCAAUCUUUGGCCAUGGAAGCUUCUGACAACGGCCAUGAGAGCUCCUGCAAGGGCCAUCAACAAAGCUUGGAUGCCCCCGAGAUCAGCGACAGUAAAACCACAACCCUUACAGGGAAAAGGAAAGACAGGUCUCCCUCUCAUCCUUAGCUGGAUCAUUGUCAUCAAAACAAGUUCCAUGUUUUUGGCAAUAUGGAGCUCUGCAAGCAACUGUUCUCUUGGUAUGUAGCAUUUUUCGAUAAUUGGUUUGAGUUUUUCGUGUUCUAUUCUUGUUCAGCAUACUAUUCCGGACUCGAGGUAAGUCUAAUUAAUACACGAAGAAUCAUAUGAUGGAAUAUAAGAGAAAUCAAAGUCCCAACAAACAAUAAUGUGAUUACAUUCUUUUCUGUAAAUCAAUCAAUCAAUCCAAAC